AGACCUAUUGGAGUUCACCAUUUCCGACUUUCAUACAGUCAUUAUCCGGAGUACUGGUUCUUUUCUUUCGGGAUUUAAUUUAUGGGGUGUUAAUUGAAUCAUGCUGAUGAUCAGGUAAAUAGAUGACAUUUGCGUAUAUUAUAUGCAUGGCCAUUCUCGGGAUCUUUUGCUUUCUUGCUGGAUGUUGCAGCGAUGUGAUUUCGCCUGCCUUUUUUAUUGUGGUUUUAUAUUGUCACCAUUGCAGAAGACGGCGUUUGCGAUCUAGGUUGUAUCGUACCAAAACACUUUUUCCUUCCUUUGAGCCGGUCGGCGGCGGGUCACAUUGCUUGGGAAGACCCGGCCGACCUUUUUCAGUUCGCGGCUUUUGUUGCGGUACCCCAAGAGGCCCGGUGCCUUGAGGGAAAUGAUACAUGCUACUAGUAUAUGAAUGAAUCUAUGUAUCAGUGUUG